AUGCUUGCCACCGGUGCCCGCUCCAUGAAGCCAAAGCUUUCCUUGAGUAUCUCUGCUGCCCAGAAUACUACACGGCCAACACUGUCGCUCAAGUCACCAAGUGGUCUUCCUCGUACACCUGCCUCGCCUAUCUCCGCGGCGAGCCCGACCACCAUGAGGUUCUCAACUCUACAAGUGCCAAGCUAUUCAUACACAAAUUCUUGCUCCUCAAAGAGCAUUCUCAAGAAGCAGUGCGACUCUCGCUCAGGAGCUGUUGACAAGCGCAUCCAAUUCAAAGUCACACCAACUGUCCACUGCGUAACGCCUAUUGAGAAUCCGGAUGAGUACUACGGCAAACACACGAAGAUGACUCGUGAAGAACGACGGUGGACGCUAUGGAUGAUCUGGGCGCUGUCUGUUGCUGCAAUGGCGCUGCGCUUCGGCGCUCUGGGUCUCUCGUUGAUCAAAACCCCUCGCAUACUUGACAAUUUCUUUACGUGCAACAGUGGCGGUCGAUACAGAGAAUCCUGUAUCAAAAUGUACAUCUGGCCUGGUAUUCGAGACUGUUCACCGGGGAGGCAGCGGUGCCUUCCGCGCGUCUCGCUCGUCCAGAGUGUUCUCAAUACUCUCUGCGACAGCUCCGACUACUUGGGUGCACCAUUGCUGCACAUCCUGUUGCUGAGGGGAGACUAA